CUGAAGUAGAAUUUGAUGAAAUUUUCAAUUAAAGUUGGGGAUCUCUUAUCCAAGUUAAAUUGUUAGUGACCUGUUUGUUUCAAACACAUUGAAGCUCCGUUCAGCUCGGCACUCACUUCCAAUCUUUCAUCAGCUCUCACUAUACUAUAGCCAAACACGAACCUCGUUUUCUAGACCAGAGAGGAGAUCAUGUUUCAAUUCUCCCUCCCUGAAGAGGGUAUUCGUUCCUCUGGGGUACACAUCGCCGUACUAUAAAGAACCUAAAGCCCUAUACUUGCCGGACGCCUGUUUCCGUCGUUUCGCCGGCCGAUCGGUGGUCCCGGCAUGAUAAAGCAGAUGACUCAAGAUAUUUAAAGCAACAAAUAUGGUGUUCUAAUGCAGGACUACUUCAUUUUUAAUGAUGGACAUUGAAAGCAGUGAAGAGUUGAAUGAACACUCUCAAAUGCUUCCACCUCCACCUGGAACAUUUGUAGAUCGUGAAGAACUUAUACAACAUGUCGGAGACUUUGCUGUAUCUCAAGGAUAUGUAGUAACUAUUAAGCAAUCUAAGAGAGACAGAGUAGUGAUCCUUGGAUGUGACAGAGGAGGUGUUUAUCGUAAUAGGCGGAAGACUAUUGAUGAAUCCACCGCAGAACACAGCCGCAAAAGAAAAACUGGUUCUCGGCUUACCAACUGUCCAUUUGAAGUUGUGGGUAAGAAGGAUGAUGGAUUGUGGGUACUUACGGUAAAAAAUGGAACUCACAAUCAUGAGCCUCUGAAGGACAUUUCAGAACAUCCUUCUGCCCGUCGCUUCUCAGAGACUGAAGUUCAGUUAAUUAAAGAGUUGACUGAAGCUGGACUAAAACCUCGCCAAAUCCUGAAGAGAUUGAGACAAAGCAACCCAGAUCUUCUGUCCACUCCAAAGCACGUGUACAAUGUUAAGGCGAAACUCCGACAAGGAAAUAUGACAGUAAGACAAUUCAGGUCUUUGCGGCCUGAGAAAUCUGCUGUUAGGAAAAAUUAUCUAUCGGUUACAGAGCCAUCCUGGAGGCAGUGCUACCCCACUAGGGUUCCCAAUCUCAUUGGAGGUAAAUUUGUUGAUUCACAAUCCUUUGCAUCUAUCGAUGUUAUAAAUCCCGCAACCCAACAACUUGUUUCUCAAGUUCCUUUGACUACAAAUGAGGAAUUCAGAGCUGCAGUCUUUGCAGCAAAGCGGGCAUUUCCAUCAUGGAGAAGCACACCAAUUACCACCCGUCAACGAAUCAUGUUCAAGUUUCAAGAGCUUAUCCGGAGGGAAAUUGAUAAGCUGUCCAUGACCAUUACUGUUGAACAUGGAAAGGCUUUAAAAGAUGCAUAUGCUGAUGUGUCACGAGGGCUAGAGGUGGUGGAACAUGCUUGUGGAUUGGCAACCCUGCAAAUUGGAGAGUUUGUUUCCAACGUGUCUAAUGGAAUUGAUACCUACAGCAUUAGAGAGCCACUUGGUGUUUGUGCUGGAAUUUGCCCAUUUGAGUUUCCUGCUAUGAUCCCACUAUGGCAGAUGUUUCCUGUUGCUGUCACAUGUGGCAAUACUUUUAUUCUAAAGCCAUCCGAAAAGGAUCCAGGGGCUUCUGUGAUGCUGGCAGAGUUAGCUAUGGAAGCUGGUUUGCCUAAUGGUGUCUUAAAUAUUGUUCAUGGCACCAAUGAUAUUGUCAAUGCUAUUUGUGAUGAUGACGAUAUUAAAGCUAUUUCAUUUGUUGGUCCGAACUCAGCUGGUGCAUAUGUGUAUGCAAGGGCAUCAGCUAAAGGAAAACGCAUCCAGUCCAAUAUUGGAGCAAAAAAUCAUGCAGUUGUCAUGCCUGAUGCAAAUGUGGAUGCUACUUUACAUGCUCUAGUUGCUGCUGGCUUUGGUGGUGCGGGACAAAAAUGCAUGGCCCUGAGCACAGUUGUCUUUGUUGGAGGCCUAAGUCCAUGGGAGGAGAAACUGAUAGAGCGUGCGAAAGCACUUAAUGUAACUGCUGGGACAGAACCUGAUGCAGAUAUUGGUCCAGUUAUUAGCAAGCAGGCAAAAGAACAAAUAUGCAUGUUAAUUCAAACAAGCAUUGACAGUGGUGCAAAACUAGUUCUUGAUGGAAGAAACAUUGUGGUUCCUGGCUAUGAAAAUGGGAACUUCAUGGGUCCUACUAUCUUAUCUGAUGUCACAGUCAACAUGGAAUGUUAUAAGGAGGAAAUCUUUGGCCCUGUUCUUCUUUGUAUGCAGGCUGAUACCAUUGAAGAGGCCAUAAAUAUUGUUAAUGGAAAUAAAUACAGCAAUGGAGCUUCUAUAUUUACUACAUCUGGUGUAACUGCAAGGAAAUUUCAAACAGAGAUUGAGGUUGGGCAGGUUGGCAUUAAUGUUCCUAUCUCAGUACCACUGCCAUUCUCUUCAUUUAUUAGCUCCAAGCCAUCCUUUGCUGGAGAUGUCAACUUUGAUGGAAAAGCUGGAAUUCAGUUUUACACCCAAGUUAAAACCGUAACUCAACAAUGGAAAGAUAUACUAAGUGAAGAUGUGUCAGCUGUAGCAUUGCCAAGCUCUUAGAGAUCAUGCUAUAGAGAGAUAUCUGUCUUCAAAUAGAGUGGUUAGCCUGAGCACAAUAUAAUAGGCAAAAAUUGGUUGAUGAUUCUCCUUUUCUGUUGCUUCGGACUACAGGAAAUCAUGCUCAUUGUUCAUAUUAGUUUCCUCUUUUAGCUUAGAUGCUCACUCUUCUUUUUCGUGGGUGCGCAAACGCACGUGCGCAUGUGCAUGCAUAUGCUGUGUUGCUUCCUUUCAUUUAUGGGUUGGAUGGGGAGAUGGAUCAGCUUCAAUGGGGUGGAUAUAAAAUAAAUGAAAUGCAAACCUGAUCACAUGUGGUGGUCUUGGUGA